AUGUUCGAAAGCGAUCAAGAACCCUUGUGUGGUGGAGAACCAAACGCCGGGAAGGACUACAACUUGCCCCGGGACGUGUACAGGAGCUAUUGGAGCUACUGGCUCACGAAACACAAGAUUACCGCCGUGAUAGGCAUGUUAGGGGUAUCUGCCACAACAGCGGUGUGUUACGGUUGCAGGAAACAGGAGGAUGCGGCGGUCAUUUACGCCGCGGUGUCGCUUUUUGGUACUUUUCUCUUGGUGUGCUUUAUGCUCGCAAGUUAUGCCUGCGAAUCGGUAGCUUUGAAGACCCCGGAGAAAAUGAUCUUCCUAGUAGAGAUAGGCAAGGCCGGGCCGGGCCUCGACAUAAAGGUCUGGGAUGCUGUUGCCGCCAGCGUCAACGGCACGUUUUUCGAGCAGGGAAUCUUCAGCAGUCCGGACUAUUUUUACGACGGGCAGGCUUGCUACCAGCGAUUUAAAAGAGACUUUUUGACAAACGACGCCAGCCCGGCGAAACCUAGCAAUGCCCCAGAAUGCGGGGCCACCGGCGGACCCGCCGGUGGCCCCACUCUGCGUGACGCAUCCUCGGCAGAUAACACCGAGCUGCAAGGUCUCAUCGACACAGUUGUCGAACAGCACUGCGCCAAGGUGACGCAGUGCUGGGAACAGGCCUUGGCACAAGUACCGCCAAGACAAUCGUAA